AUGGACCUGAUGGUACAUUUGCGAAACAGUCCUUGCAGUACAUCUAAAUCAAGUGAAUGGACCUUCCCGAGCCCAGUUCGUCCCCUUGCCAUAUCCUGUACCAUCGCAGCAGGCUUGAGCCCUCCAGGGCUUCCGCCGUUGACGCAUGACUGCCCUGGAUCAAGAUCAUGUGGUCCACCGGCGGCUCACAGCGAUUUCGUCUACAUAGCGACCCGGCGCUGUAGCUGCUUACGAGCCACCCAUCAUCUUUCUACAGCUCAAGGAUCCGAGGAAAAUAGGCAAAUUUAUAACUGGAUGACGGUCUGCAGCAUUGAAGUGAUUAAAACUCUGACAUUACUCAUGCCUGAAUUUCAAGAAAUCUCAAAUGGACAUUGCAAUAGAAUAUGUAAAGUUUGAGCUGUAUGAAUAUCUGUAGAUUCUGCUUUUCAAGUAGCAGUCUUACUCUGCUGUAAAUGAAGAAGAUAUGUUAGACUGCAUAUGAAGGCAUGUGUCCUCUUCAUUUAUACGGUUCAUCUAU